UGCGGCUUAUUAUCUCGAUUUCUGGAUCCACGACAGCGAAGUAACACUUACUAUGGCUCGGGUCGCUGAACGCGUCCCCGUAAGAUAAGCAGGGGAAACGCGUAUUCAUCAGGGAAUUGUUUCUUCCUUCUCCCAUUACUCCUCUUUGAACGGAAACGCAUUCAAGCAUUUUUGUUUCUACUUGCUUUUUAAUUUUUUUUGUUUUACGCGAUUUUUUGCAAUUGAACCGUCUCUUUUGUGCCUUUCUGUAGAAGAAACAAGUCAUAAAACCGGUUUUCUGUAAUUUCUUCUUUGUCUCUGCGUCUUACUAUCGUUUUCGUUAAUUCUUAAAUUACCUUUUCCCUUUUUAGAGAAUGACCGCUUCUGUUGUCAAAAAGGUCCUUAUUUGUUCUCGUCCUUACAAGUAUGCUCUUCCAGAACUCGAGAAAUUGAAGCAAAAGGCAAAGGUUGUGUUUGCCUUCACGCCCGAAAUGACCAUGGAAGCCUGGAAAAACAAAAUUGAAGAGGUUCGCAAGGAACAGGGUCCUUUUGAUGCUGUCAUCGUAGGUCCCGAGAGCGUGUGCUAUGCUUGCAAACGUUUCGAUGACUACUUGUUCAAGUGUUUAUUGCCUGAAGCCCGUUACUUUUGUCAAACAGUUACGGGCCCCGAGAAAUGGGAUUUGAAGUGGGCUGAGCGCAACAACCUUUUGAUUUCUACGACUCCUAAUGCUGUCACGAACGGUACGGCCAUUGGUGCGGUCUGGUUGAUCAUGGACACACUUCGUGGACUGUCGCUCAUGCAACAUAAGACGAAGCAAGGCCAAUGGAAUGGCUUCUUUGAUUACCUUGGCAAAGAAGUGACCGGCCGCACACUUGGACUAGUUGGUAUGGGUUCCGUUGGUCAAUAUGUUGCUCGCGUGUUGAGCACAAUGGGAAUGCGAAUCAUAUAUCACAACCGUCAUCGCUUAAGUACAGAGCUCGAAGUCGCUGCGGGAAAUGCUGUUUACUAUGAAAACCUCGACGAGCUUUGUGCUGCUUGCGAUGUGCUCUCCCUUCAUGCUCCCUUAACUCCCCAAACCCAUCACUUAAUUUCGUACAAGCAGUUUGCUUGUAUGAAGCCAGGAUCCUUCCUUGUCAAUACUGCUCGUGGUCCCGUGUUGGACACAGAGGCCUUAAUCGAUGCCAUGGACAAGGGCAUUAUUUACCGAGCCGGUUUGGAUGUCUUUGAAAAAGAGCCCGAAGUGCCAAAAGAGUUUAAAUACGGAGGUCGUUUAGAGGACCGUGUAACCAUUCUUCCUCAUUUCGUCGCUCUCACGGAGGAGACUGUUCGCAACCUUGAGGCGCACGGCAUUGAGAACAUGCUCGCAUACCUCGAAACCGGUCGUCCUCGCACCGUCCUUUUCCAACCCAAGUGAGCAAUUCGUAAUAAGCGCGGUGUGCAUACUCACAAAUUGCCCAGAAGGGCCGUUACGAAGUUGUUGUCUUAAUUAUAAUGUUAUAACACUCUUGAACUUAUUGAUUGCAUUGAUGGCGAAAUAGUCUUCUAACUACUUUCAAUUCGCCUAGGGCUGCCCACUAUAUCGCUGCUAAUGACAUCAAUUCAUUCCCCGCAGAACACAAGGUAACGUU